AUGAAGUUUGAUGAAAUGAAAUAUACUCUCCAGAUGGUUUAUUAUCUUCUGAACGUGUACAUUGACAUCAAAACGAAACAGUUUGCCACGAACACCCAGAAGAUCCAUCACGCCAUCUACCUUCCCUGCGUUCUGGGUCAUCUCGUGUGUCUGGCUCAGAAAGUGUUGCUCAUUGUGGAUUCGCCAGCAGGUAAACAGACAUCACAACCGUCUGCCAGACAACCAAUUUCCCACAGUCAUGCAUUUCAGGUGACGACAUGAACAACAGCUUCUUCUACUCGAUCUCGUUGCUUCGGGCGGUAUUCUGUUUCCCCGGCUUCUAUUGUCUUUCCGCGUUCGUCGCCGAAAGAUGGUUUGCCACGUAUUUCCUGAAUGACUAUGAGAAGGAGCAGAGGUCAUGGCUGGUUCUCAUCAUUCUUUGGGUCAUUUACGCCAUCGCGUUCAUUUCUGCUCUCGACUUUCAUCAUGGUGAGAUUUGACUCAAUCUCUCUAUCUCGCUACUUUUCAGUUUUUAUAGCUUCCAGUACGAUUCCACAUGCCAGCGUGUUUAUCGGUUUAAGUUGUCUUGCAUAUUUGGUAGGAUCUUUUUUCAAUUUCAUGUACUCUUUUCGUUUAUUUGCAGGGAAACUACGCCAAUUUCGUGCUCAACCGGAACUACUACUACCGGAGCAACCGGCAGGACGGCGGCGGUUAUUCGUUGGCUCAGAGGUUUCAGAUUUCGGAGAAUAUCCGAUUUUCGUUUGUAAGCGUCGGAGAACUAAUCUCAGAAAACUAGAGCAAAAGUGAUUUCAGUUUUUUAAUCGGCUCGCGCUGAGCAUUGCAUUCUUUCAAAUCAGCGGCCCCGUCUGUCUGCUUAUCGACAAUCUGGACAUUUCGAGGUCGUGGAAAAACUUGAACACUGUCGUUUAUGACACAAUUUGUUUAUUGUGAGUGUUUACCGAUUCGAUCAGACCGAUCACAUCCAUCCAUUCAGGUACGCCAUCGUGACGCCAUUCGUCAUCUACCACCACAAUCCCAAGUAUAAAUGCGAACUUUCUCGGAUUCUGACAAAGUUCCGGAAGUUUGACGCGCAACGGAAUCAGGUCAAACCGAUGCGUUCUGCCGAGGUGGAGGACAGUUUCAGUCUCUCGCUCAAUAUCCAUGAUACGUUCGGCAAAAAGAUGGUUUUCGACACGAAUCAACAGACGAAUACAUACUUCCGAGAGCUCGACAAGUCGUGGAAAUGA